CGGGGCGGGAAGGUGGACUGCCUGGCUUCAGAGAACAGCUGGAGUGCUGGCUGCUGUCCCGCGUCACUCAGAGUCCCUUUGCGAGGCUUCUGGGAAAGCUGUGCUUACAGCUGCGCCACUAGCAAGGGGCUGGGACUCAGGACUACCAGGACCCGACGUCCACGUCCCUGACUUCAGCUCCACCCGCUGCUAAGCAAAAGGAGCCGCAGAGAGGUUUAAAUCAUGGAAAAGCACAGCAUGCAGACAGAGGCUCCUCACCCAGGAACACAGUUGCCAGCUGGGUUUGCCCCUCAGUAUCCACCGGGAGCAUUCCAAGGACCUCCAGAACAGAAUGGCUACCCUAUACCCCAAUAUGGCUACCAAGGACCCCAGGGUCCUUAUCCAGGGCCCCAGGCUGGCUACCCAGGGCCCCAAGCUGGCUACCCAGUCCCACCAGGAGGUUAUGCAGGUGCUGGCCCAAGUGGCUUUCCUGUCCAAAAUCAGCCAGCAUACAAUCAUCCAGGUGGGCCUGGAGGGAGCCCAUGGAUGCCAGCACCACCUCCUCCACUGAACUGUCCCCCUGGGUUGGAGUACUUAACUCAGAUAGAUCAGAUUCUGGUUCAUCAGCAAAUUGAACUUCUGGAAGUCUUAACAGGCUUUGAAACAAAUAACAAAUAUGAAAUCAAGAACAGCCUUGGGCAGAGAGUUUACUUCGCAGUGGAAGAUACUGACUGCUGUACUCGAAACUGCUGUGGAGCAGCUAGACCUUUCACCUUGAGGAUCCUGGAUAAUCUGGGCCGAGAAGUCAUGACUCUGGAGAGACCCCUGAGAUGUAGUAGCUGUUGCUUCCCCUGCUGCCUCCAGGAGAUAGAAAUCCAAGCUCCUCCUGGUGUGCCGGUAGGUUAUGUGACUCAGACCUGGCACCCUUGUCUGCCAAAGUUCACUCUCCAAAACGAGAAGAAGCAGGAUGUUCUAAAAGUUGUUGGCCCAUGUGUUGUGUGCAGCUGCUGUUCAGACAUUGACUUUGAGCUCAAAUCUCUAGAUGAAGAAUCUGUAGUUGGCAAAAUUUCCAAGCAGUGGUCUGGUUUAGUGAGAGAGGCGUUUACGGAUGCAGAUAACUUUGGGAUCCAGUUUCCCUUAGACCUUGAUGUGAAGAUGAAAGCUGUGAUGCUUGGAGCGUGUUUCCUCAUAGAUUUCAUGUUUUUUGAAAAAACUGGAAAUGAGGAACAAAGAGCAGGAGUAUGGUAGAAGCUUCUUUCGAUUCCUCAAGAGAUUGAAGGACUACAUUCUGAUGGAUACUAUCUCAAAGGAACACACAUGGCUCUUUAUCUUUCCUGAAAUAACUGUGUCAAUUAACCUGUGAUUGCCUAUACCUCCCGUUGUACAAUUGUGCUUUCAAGUUAUAAUUUAUUUUCUAUACUUCUGUCAUAUUUUUGGUUUUGUACAUUCUUAAAGUGUUCACUGUGAAUUAGUGAGAAAAUAUAUGCAUUUUUACACAUAGAAAUGAGCUUGUCGAAGAAAAAUGCUUUGGCUCACAAUCUUUGAUUCAUUUUCCAGUUUAUAGAAAUUUAAAUGUUAUUGGAAUUUAAUAUGAAAUUACAUAUUAAAUGUAAUUAUAACUUACACAA